UUCGGAAUCGCAUUUCUUCCGUUUUCGUUAAAUAAACAAAUAAUAAGCAAGUUUGUGUUACAACAUCAUCGAAAAUUUGCUUUUACGUCGCUGAACGUUCGGCCUUUAGUGUCUCGCAAAAAUGCAGUCUUCUUCCAUCUUGAUUCUGAUCGUGGGGUGUACAUUGGGCUGUCUUGCAAAGCCCGCACCGGAACCGCCAGUCGAUUCGUACUUUCCUCCGAGCACAGGAGGCAACAGCGGCGGUGGAGGUUAUCCGAGCGGUCCGAGUUCAACAUACGGAGCCCCGCAACGUUCGGUGAUCCACAAGCAUGUUUACGUUCACGUACCGCCACCCGAGGCACCGGAAUACAAAGCACCAAAAUACGUAGCACCUCCACCAGCACCACAAAAACAUUACAAAAUUGUGUUCAUCAAGGCGCCAACACCACCGACCCCAACGGCGCCGGUGCUGCCUCCUUUACCGCCACAGGACGAACAGAAAACGCUCAUUUACGUUUUAGUUAAGAAACCGGAAGAGGCGCCCGAAGUUGUCUUACCUACUCAACAACCAACACAGCCGAGCAAACCUGAAGUUUACUUUAUUCGCUACAAGACUCAGAAGGAGCAACAGCAGAGCGGGGAAUACGGUGCACCAGGAGUACCGCAAGACAGUUACGGUGCACCACAAUCCGGUGGUUCGCCAGGACCUUAUUAGAGGAACACAAAACAUAAAAAGUCUUGCUAAACUCAUCGGAAAAGCUGGAUUUUCACAGACCGGCUGUUUCAAGUACAUGUAGUCAUUAAAUUUUCAUUAUUUCGUUUUUUAUACCAGACAAGAAACAUUCGUAAGAAAAUUUUGAAAAAGAAAAUGUAAA